UGAUACUCCAUAAUAGUCUGCUCGAACCGUGGCCCAGUCAUGGCCUUUUCCCGCGGCUGCUGGCUCUUCGCCCAGAUAGCGGUCCGGUUGGGCGCCUGCUUAGCUAGCUGGCGCUGUGCUUCCUCAACCGAUUCUUGGAGGGGCAGGUCCCGGGAGCCCAUGGCAUCUGUCGGCACGGCAUUGCUCGCGGAGACGGGGCUGACCUUCUUGCGCGGGUUGGGGUCGUUGGCCGGGAUGGCGUUCUCUGAGGGUUCGGACAGGCGUGGUGCCGUGGUUGUGUAGGCGCGGGGGAGGAGGCGGGAAGGGGAUGGGCGGGCGGCGGCGGCGGCGGCCAGGCAGAGACGGGACCUUGUGGAGGCGAGCAUUGUGGAUGAUGUUGUUUAGCCCGUUGUUGCGGGUGGGUGAGGAUGUGUUGGUAUGCGUGGUGGUUAGUAUUUAAAACAUAUUGAUUGAUUGAUUGGUGGUAUAUAAGAGUUGAAGUUGGCCGGUUUGAUGUGGUUAGAGCCAAUCGGCUGCGUUCCUUGCCCGGACAACCUCAUCCAACCGAAAAAGUUGACAUCAGGGCUUUUCGAAGACACAACGACGGCUUCAUCUGCUGGUGUAUAUUUCCUUUUACAACUGCGCAUGCAUUCCUAUACAUUAAUAAUUGGAGAGAGCAUGGUCGCCUAAUCUUACAGAGCAACAGGAAUUAUCCUUCUCCACAGCAAUAGUUCUUUUCCCUUCGCAUCCAACCGCCAUCAACAUUGACGGGUAGUGCAAAUACUGUUCAUCCACAACCAUGCCGACCCCAAAAUCCCCAAAGACAAUGUCCUCGCGGCUGCUGACCAUGAAGUUCAUGCAACGCGCCGCCGCAGCCGCAGCCUCCUCUACAUCCACAAAUACAAACACACAUACCCCCUCAACACCCUCCACUUCACAGCUCCAACAACAACAAUCUUACGAUACCCUAAAGACGCCCACACCAUCACCCAAGCGCCAAAAGAAUUCCUCACAUUCCAAAUCUACACCUUCCACGCCCGCUACGGGCAACGCAGAUCUAGAAGCCAUAUCCGCCGCGAUUAGAGCUGAGGAGGAGAAACGGGCCGCCGCUAUCGCGAGACAGGCCGCCGAGGCCGGCGAGGAGGAAUGGGUCAUUGAGUAUCCGCCGGGGACGUUUCCCGAACCCCAUCCACAAACGGCGAUGGAUGGCGGUAGUGUGUAUGGGUUUGGCGAUGUGGGGGAUGAGGAGGUUAUGGGCGGCCGACAGAGUUUUGGCGGGUUCAAGAGGAAAGGGGGGAAGGGGCUGCAGGCGACGGCGACAUCUAGCUCGCACAACGCGAAUGGAGAUGGGGAUGUAGACGGAGACGGAGACGGAGACGACGAAGAUGAAGAGAACGAUGACGGCCACAGUGGAAGCGGAAGUAGUGAUGAUGACGACGACGACGACGAUGACGGUCUCGAUGCACUCCUGAAGGCCGCUAAACAAAAAUCUGAGAAGAAACGGGCUGAAAAGCGAUGGAAUGCGCAAAACAGCAAGAAGAGAAAAUCCGGCGAUGAUGCUGUCGAUCUCAGUCGGUUAACUAGUAUAUCUGGAGGCGUCGAUAAGGGGGAGCAACAGCGGCAGCACAAACGACAUCAGAAUCAGUGGGGUGGGGGUGGGGGCGGGAGGAAGGGGAGGAGGUGAAACAGGGCUGUCACGAAGGUCUGAGUUCACAUUAGUGAUGGGCCGAAUUGCCAGCUUCUUAGGGAGUCUCGUUUUGAUUAUUAGUGCUUUUUCAUGGCAUUUUUCUUUUGUACAUGUACAUCUCGGCAUUUAGGGUAUGGCGUUGUAUGGUUUAUGCAUGGGGAGGCAUGAGUUUUAUUUUAUUAGCUAGGCAUCUGUAUUGCGUUCCAUGUCUAUCACAGGUUGCGAAAUGAUCAUCUAUAUGGAAGCAUAACAAAAUUUAGACUGUAUCCAAUAUUAACAAAAUAGUUGCUUUAAAACCCCCCUAAAAAUAUAUACAAGCAAUGAGAUGUAAUAUGCAAUAUGUAUAAUAGUACUCUUAUCUCAACAAUUGAAAAGGUAGUAAAAGGGGAGGGUUGGGAAAGUUACAACUUCGCCCUUCCCACCCUUUCCGCGUCAUCCGCCUCCCACCCCCUCUUCCCCCGAUAAUUCACCAUCAAAUUCCACGCCGCAACCGUAACCCCCAAUGGCGGCACAAGCAACAAAACCCACGCCCACCACCGCGGACUGGCCCCCGCAACCCGCUCCAUUACCUUCUUCACUUCCCUUUCCAACGCCGCCCUGUCCCCAUCAUUCCACACAACCAACCCCCUCACACUCUCCGUACCCCGCGCCUCCGCCCGCGCCGCCUUCCCCUUCACAUCCCCUUGGCUCUUCACCCGAUUCUCCGCAUCCUCCGCACUCAAAUGUGCAUCGCGCGCCCGCAGCCGCGCAAUCUGUACCGCGGCAUCGGACACGCCAACCAUGAUUACGGUCCCGCAUAGCGCGUCCAGCCCGCUCUCGAAGAGCAGAGGCACGUCCAGCACCACGGCCCAGUGGCCGCGGAGGUAGUAGUAGAGCAGCGAGCGGUAGAUCUCCCAGCGGACGGCCGGGUGGACGAUGCGGUUUAGCACGGCGCGGUCGCGUUUGCGUUCCUCUGUGUCGCCGAAGACGCGCCGGCCAAGGACGGGGCGGUUCAAGGGGCGGCCAAGCUCCUUGUGCUUUGCUUUUGGCUUGUUUUUGUCGUUUGGGUCAUCUGGGUCGUCGGGGAGGAGGAGGUCGGGGGUUGUCGGGCCGAAGUACUCGACUAUGGCGCGGUAGCCUGGGGUGCCUGGCUCGACGACUUUGCGGGCGAGGAUGUCGGCAUCGAUUAUGGGGAGGUUGUAGGGUGGGGAGGAAAGGAGGGAGGAGACGGUCGAUUUGCCAGUGGCUAUAGAGCCGGUUAGGCCGAUUAGGAGCAUUGUUAUAGGAUUUUGUUGGAGGCGGGAAUUGGGUUGGUUUUUGGAUGUAGGG